UUGAAAUGACAGGGAAAUGAAAGGUUAUAAUCCAGGAUGGUUACUUUUGGUUGGAAUUUUGGUGACACUGAGUUUACCAUGUUCACAAGCCUUUUGGGGAAAUGAAAAUAAGAUAAAAACUGCUGUUUUUCUAUCUCCUAAGUUUGUGCUCGGACCAGGAUCAGUGGAAAAUAGAUACUAUUACAAUGUUGACUUUCCAAAAGGUCAUGUUGCCUUGAAAAGUUUUAAUGCAGAAGUGGUUGAUGAGGCAGGUAAUUCUGUUCCGCUACAUGAGACUUAUCUUCAUCACUGGAUCGUUGGAAGAUACUAUGUACGUAAAGGUACCGUGGAAUUAUUAGAGUUUAAUGACAAUAACAAACUUAAGAGUUCAGAUUAUAUUCCUGGGAGAAAUAGUGGGAUUUGUCAGGAUGGAACGUUUGAUCAGUUCUUUGGCUUUGGGUCUGAGGUACGAAAAACGGAAACUUAUAUUCCGGAUCCUUAUGGAGUUGAAAUUGGUAACCCUCCUGAGAUUCCUUCUGGAUUUGAGGAAAGAUGGAUGAUUAAUGUUCAUGCAAUUGAUACACGGGGUGUGGAGGAUAAGUUGGGAUGUACGGAAUGCAGGCGUGAUCUGUAUAACGUUACAGUGGAUGAAUUUGGAAGACCUUUGAUGCCAGACUACAAAGGGGGUUUGUUAUGUUGCUACGAUGGCACACAAUGCAGGUUGAAACAAGGGUUUCAGGGAGUCAGAAGAGCCCUUUACCUUAGAUACACUGUGAAGUGGGUCAAUAUGGAUAACUCUGUUUUGCCUCUUAAAAUUUAUAUAUUUGACAUUACUGAUAGAUGGAAAAGGUCUAGUAAUUCAACAGGGAUUAAUUCUGAGCAUGCUUGUGAGGUGGAAUAUGAUGUUGAAUCUUGCCGUGCCACUGGAUUGGCCGAUGAUGGCUGCAUUGACACCAAAAGGUUAAGCCUUGACAUGCCAUUUAGUGGUUAUGUCAUAUAUGGUGUUGCACACCAACAUGCAGGGGGCUCUGGUUCUGCUCUCUAUAGAGAGGAUGGCCAACUUCUGUGUUCUUCAAUACCGAUUUAUGGGGAGGGGGAGGAAGCAGGAAAUGAAGCUGGUUACAUUGUAGGAAUGUCCACCUGCUAUCCUCAACCAGGAACUAUCAAGAUAUCUAAGGGGGAGACACUGAUUAUGGAUUCUAAUUACAGUAAUAUCCGACCUCACAGUGGAGUCAUGGGGGUCUUCAACAUUUGGGUUGCGGACCAAUUGCCCAAUCCAAUGCACACCUUACACACUGUUGUUCAAGUAAGUUUCUAAUUCUCAGAAGAAAAUUCAUUAAUCCAACUAGAUAAGUCUUCUUAAGCAAAUUCACAAAUAUACCAUCACUGGUUUCAUUGAAUAAGGCUUCUUGAUUAUAUGAACAACUUAGAUUAAACCUCUGAUGUUUUUAUGAAACUAUGAUCUGAUGCAGACACAGGACAGUGUUACACCGUUAACUAUCCUUUGGGUCGCGGUAGCUUUGAUGGGUGUGGUAACAGUUAUCACUAUCGCCAUUGGUU